GUUCCAAUCCGGUUCAGGGGAGUUAAUAUCACUCCGCUCUUUACCUCCAACCCCCAGUUAGAUCAAUUAAUUCGCGCACCCAUCUCCUCUCUCUCACGCUGGUCUCUCACAGUGAACCGCUGGACAGCUCCCGUUACUGGUGAUCCGAAGCCCGCAUGUCCUUUCCCAAGGGGGGUUUCUACCGCGCUACGCUUGGAGCACUGCCGCUGAAAAAAAGAUGAAUAACUAAACGGUUUUAGUUGUUUCUUCAUAACUUGGAAACUACCACCGACGUACCUGACUGCUUUUUGUUGCUAUUGGGAGAUUCAUUGUGCAACCGGUUCCAUACGCACUGCGCUCAUGAAUUGAUUCGUGGGUUGUGUGGUUUUUAGAAAAGGAUUUUUGUGAUAGUGGGACUAGUGUCGCUCAGCGGUGAAUCGGAAUCAUGGAGGGAUCAUUUGGAUGUAUUUGGGUGAAAAUACUUUCGGUAUUUGUCUGGAUAUGCUAUCUCACCGGUGAUUCACCAUCAUAUGGUGCACAGUCCUCCUCAUCGUCCCAGGUGUUCGUGGACUUCAGCUUCGUUCUGGAACCUCAGGACACGGUGACAUUACGGGGCGGUGUUCUCCAGCUGGACUGCGAGGCUCAGUCAGACCAGGGUAUUCCAAUCAUCGUCUGGAAGAAGGACGGGGUGCUGCUCAGCGCCGUGGUGGACGAGAGGAGACAGCAGCUCCCUAACGGGUCUCUAGUGGUCCAGAACGUGGUUCAUUCACGACACCACCGACCUGACGAGGGGCUCUACCAGUGUCUGGCCAGGCUGGAUGGGGUGGGGGCCAUCGUCAGCAGAACGGCUCAAGUGACUGUUUCUGGUCCGUUGAAGCUCGUGGUCCCUACAGAGUCAGUGUCCUCCUACCUGGGUGACACGGCCCUUCUGCGCUGUGAGGUGACUGGUGAUCCCAUGCCCGUGGUACGCUGGCAGAAGAACAGAGAGGACCUGCCCCUCACCUUAACCCCAGAGAGCAGAGUGGUGGUACUGCCCUCCGGAUCGCUCCAGGUUAGCAAGGUUCAACCACCAGACUCUGCCACCUACCGCUGCCUGGCAGACAACCCUGGCAGCGCCCGCACCGGCAGCGACGCAGACCUACGUGUGUUGCCAGAACCCGGAACCACCAGGGGCCUUCUGUUUCUCCAGAAGCCCCAGAGAGUCACCUCCCUCCUGGGGAGAGAUGCCGUGUUGGAGUGCUCCGCCUCUGGGUUCCCCACCCCCGCCUUCCACUGGAUGAGAGGAGCUGAGAGGAUACAGAGCAGGUCUAAGAAGUACUCCCUGCUGGGCGGCAGUAACCUCCUGAUCAGCAGUGUAACAGAUGAUGAUUCAGGCUCUUACAGCUGCGUGGCGUUUAACAAGAACCAGAACAUCACGGCUUCCUGCGAGCUGUCCGUCCUCGUGCCACCCCAGUUCCUGAACUACCCCACCAACACGUAUGCCUAUGAGAGUACGGACAUGGAGCUGGAGUGUGCUGUAACGGGAAACCCUCCUCCCACGGUGCGUUGGAUGAAGAACGGAGAGGAGGUCAUCCCCAGUGACUACUUCCAGAUCGUUGAUGGCAGUAACCUCCAGAUCCUUGGUCUGGUGAAGUCAGAUGAAGGUUUCUAUCAGUGUGUGGCUGAGAACGAAGCAGGGAACGCCCAGGCUAUGGCCCAGCUCAUACUGAGAGAGUCAGUUGUCCCCAGCUCAGGUGUCCUCCUCCCCUCUGCUCCCCGUGACGUGGUCCCUGUCCUAGUUUCCAGCCGUUUUGUCCGCCUCAGCUGGCGCCCCCCGCAGGAGACCAGAGGAACUGUCCAGACUUACGGCAUCUACUACUCCCAGGACACGGUCAACAGGGAGAGGUCUGUGAACGUGUCGGAGCCAGAGACCCUCCAGAUGACUGUCAGUAACCUGAAGCCAGAGGAAACCUACUCCUUCAGAGUGGUGGCCUACAACGACAACGGGCCCGGAGAGAGAUCCGAGACACUCAAACUCACCACGCAGCCUGAGUUGCAGGUCCCCGGGCCGGUGGAGAACCUCCAGGUAGAGUCCAUCUCUCCCACCUCCAUCCAGGCCUCCUGGGACGCCCCGGGCUACGCCAACGGGCCCCUGCUGGGGUACAGACUGCUCUGGACCGAGACACCCUCUGGGAAGGAACAGAGUGUGGAGGUGAACGGGCAGAGUUAUAAGAUGGAGGGGCUGAAGAAGUUCACAGAGUACUCGUUGCGUGUCUUGGCAUUGAACCGUUAUGGCCCUGGGGUCACCACAGAGGACAUGAGCAUCACCACGCUCUCUGAUGUGCCAAGUGCUCCACCACAAAACAUCUCCUUGGAAGUCGUCCUCUCAAGAAGCAUUAAGGUGAGCUGGCAGCCCCCUCCUCCCAACAGCCAGAACGGGUUCAUCACCGGCUACAAGCUCCGACACCGGAAGACCGGUCAACGAGGAGACCAGGAGGCCAUCGAACCUAACAACUUCUGGUACCUGUUCACAGGGCUGGAGAAAGGCAGUCAGUACAGUUUCCAGGUCUCUGCCAUGACAGCUAACGGCACGGGCCCGGCCAGCGAGUGGUUCACCGCCGAGACGCCAGAGAAUGACCUUGACGAGAGCCAAGUCCCGAAUCAACCGAGUUCCCUCCACGUUCGACCCCUGCCCAACAGCAUCAUCAUGAGCUGGACUCCUCCCCUCAACCCCAACAUCCUAGUACGGGGAUACAUCAUUGGCUACGGAGUAGGAAGUCCCUACGCCGAGACGGUCAGGGUGGACAGUAAGCAGCGAUACUACGCCAUAGAAAACCUGGAGCCCAGUUCCCACUAUGUCAUCUCCCUGAAAGCCUUCAACAAUGCAGGAGAAGGGGUCCCUCUGUACGAGAGCGCUGUGACCAGAUCUAUAACAGAUACAUCCACCCCCAUGAUCCCCCCAGUAGGUGUCCAGGCCGUGGCCCUGACCCCAGACUCUGUCAGGGUCAGCUGGGCAGACAACUCCAUGACCAAGAACCAGAAGACCACUGAGGUUCGCUACUACUCCGUCAAGUGGAAGACCAGCUACUCUACUAGUGGGAAGUUCAAGGUAAGGAUUUAG